AUGGCGUUUCCAUCGAUGAAAAGAGGAGAGAAACUAAUCUCAUCAUUCAUGGAGAUCGCUGUCGGUCAAACCGCGCAAACCGCAAUACGAUUCCUUACGGCAGCAUCCUGGAACCUUGAAGAAGCCAUUAACAUCUUUCUCAUCCAUAAUCAACCUCCGAAGAAUCAAGAAGAAGAAGAACCUUCGAUUAGGGAUACUCUCUAUGAUCCUUCUUCCACGAAUCCAACUCAGGUCGAAGUAUGUCCUGAGGAGAUCUGGGAUUCGGAAUCAGAGGGAUCAGAUUUUAGAUUGUCUUCUUUGUUCCGUCCUCCUCGGAAGCUUCUUUUUAAAGGUUCGUUUGAAGACGCGAAAGCAACUUCUUAUAGAAAGGAUCUGUGGUUGCUUGUGAAUCUCCAAUCCAAGAUCAAGUUUGCUUCUCAUGCACUUAACCGAGAUUUAUGGUCAAACGAGUCGGUUUCUCAAGCCAUCGAGUCUAGCUUCAUCUUAUUGCAAGUCUACGAUGACACAACCGAAGGAAAGCAAGUCUCUACUUUUUACAAGAUCGAAUCUGCUCCUCCUGUGGUGCUCCUCAUCGACCCACUCAAUGGCCAGGAGAUGCGUUCAUGGAGCGGUGAGAUUGAUUCCCAGAGCUUUGUCGAGGAUUUGAUAAAGUACAUCGAUUCUGGUCCUCACGAACACAUUCCUUCUCCGACAAGCAACAAACGCAUAAAGACAGACCAGGUUAGCCACACUACGGAUGAUCAAGACAUGUCAGAUACUUGGAAAGACGUAAUCAAAGAGUCUUCAGACCACACUGAUCACAUCGUGGCACCUUCUUCGGAUGACGGAUUUAAAGGGUUACCAGAACAUGAGGAGACUUGUUCGUCAAGCAACCACAGUGAUCACAUCGUGGCUCCUUCUGUGCGUGGAAAAUUUUAA